UUUGGUGACUUCAAUUCCCUCCAUCUCUGCAACUACAUCCAGUUCACAUGGAGGUACAACUCAUGAUGCCAUCGCCGGCGGUCGAUUUCAACUUCGAAAGCACCAACACUACGCCCUACGCCACCGCACCUUCCACCCCUCAACGAUUUCCCACUUUCUUCUACAGCGCACCCACCAGCCCUACGCAUCAAUUUCUUCUAAUCAACUCCUCUCCAGCUUCUCCCACCGAUCCUUUGAAAAAACCCCUCUUUGAAGAUGAAGAUGAAGAUGAAGAUGAUUUUGCUUUCGAUUUCAGUGGACGGCUGGAACCGCCUUCUAUCUCAGCAGCCGACGAACUCUUUCAUUGCGGUAAGAUCAAGCCAUUGAAGCCUGUUUCAAAUCAUUCACGCUUCACAGAAAAAGCGUUUUCUCCCCGGUCUAAGAAGAAAGAUUUGGAUCCUUUCACAUCGGCAUUAAAUCAAACAGCUGGUGAUCAAAAUCCAUCCAAGCGGGGAAGGGAAAAAACGACCACCACCAGAGACAAAGCAUCAUCAUCAUCGUUCAGAAUUUCCGAUAUUUUAUCCGACGAAGAGACCCAUCAUCAGAAAAACUCAAUCACUCAUUCUUCGUCGUCGUCGUUAACGUGGUACAACAAGUGGAACCUCAAGAAUCUGCUCUUGUUCCGAAGUGCGUCGGAGGGAAGUGCGAGGAGGAUCAAGGAGCCAGUGAACAAAUACUCGAGGAUAAGGAAAAGCGAUGAGGAUGAGGUGGUGAAGAAGUCAAGCUUUAGAAGUCGGGACGGUAGGAGGGUGAUGAGGAAGGUUUCUGCUCAUGAGAUACAUUACACGGCGAACAGGGCGGUGGCGGAGGAGAUGAAGAAGAAGACAUUCCUGCCGUACAAAUCAGGGUUAUUAGGAUGCUUGGGGUUCCAUAACAAUGGCGGCAGUGUUCAUGAGAUUUCAAGAGGGAUUAAUUGUGUUAUGAGACAAAGAGGAGACUGAAUUGAUGAUGGAUCAUGAGAUAUCUUCAUAUUUCUCUUCUGCAA